AUGGAGGUUUCUGCCGAGUCUGACAAUGACCCCUGCGGCUGGUCGAUCGAUCAGGUCGUCUAUGAACUUUGCCAGAAUCCAACCCCAAGAUGGUCGCCCGCAGAACGGCCUCAGUUGAUACCAGAUCGGCAUGUUCUCGAGGACACUUUGCGGCAGAAUCAUGUCGACGGGGACAACUUCCUGGCGUUGGAUCUCGUUGCUCUCAAGGAAGACUUGGGUAUUGCAUCGUUUGGUCAAAGAAGAGCCAUCAUGAGAGCCAUCGAAUACUUCCGUGCCCAUUCUAUAAGCUGGCAGCAUUCGGCUUUCCGGGUAGACAGCAUCGCCAGAAUGCAACCACAGUCUCUAGCCUACACGAGCACGCAGAUCGCCCAAUCGCACACUUCAGCUUUUCCUCAGACUCCAUAUUCAGGACUUGGAAUCUACCCUUCCGUCGAGUCAAUGCCACCCACAGCUUCGCCCUUGUCGUACAGGACUACUGGUCAACCAGGAUUUGCGACGGCGCUUAGUCCACACGGGCACGCUUUGUUGGAGGCGAGCAAUGCUUCAUUUACAGUGCCGUUGAACGCUACCCCGUCAUCUCUUCAACAUCCCGUAGUUAACCCUACUGCCCCAGACCCUCCAAAGGCCCUGAGCCUUGUCACAAAUGAUACCACCGCACGGGAUGCUUCGAAGAGGCCGAGGCAAGGGUACGAGGUCGUCAAGGGCAAAAAGAAAAUUGCACCGACCCUUGUCUCACAAACAGAAGAAAUCACCGCCACGGAAGCCGUCGGGACCGCAUAUCUCUCACCAUCCGCAGUACCUCUGCAGGAUGUCUUCUAUCACAAAAUCUCCACGGAUUUUGGCGAUGUUUUCUAUCGCGCCCCUCUUGAUACCUCUGACGACUUUUUCAUCAGUGGCCGUUAUCCUGAAGGCCAGAGAAAAGUGAUCGCGCGACGCAUCAAACACUUCCUUCGUCAGGAUGUUGUCAAACUCUCGCAAGCUAAUACCCUCAUCAAGCUUCCUUAUAGCCACAAUCGACUUCAAGAACCGUUUUCCGAACAAUACUUCACCAUGUUUCCGCGGCGCGGUGGGCAGAUUAGAGUGUUUCGAGUGGAGGAUUUCCCGGAAGUGCAGAAAAUUGUAACCAAAAAGUCUGAAAUUCCUGCUACCAAUACAAUAUUGAGCGAGCACCACUCCAACAGCCAUACUGAUCCGGCGAAGGAAGACUCGGAAGAUACAUCAAACUGGCAUGACCUAGAUUACUUACUUGACAAGUAUCCAGUCGAAGGUUCGGACGAAGGGCUCCCAGUCUACGGGGAUUCAGGCGAUGAAGGAGACCUUGACGAAGAAACUUGGAGAGAAAUACAAGAGGAACAAGAUGAGAACAGCCGGGAGCCGGUUACAAUGACUCAUGCUGAAAUCGUGGCUGCCAUCGACGAGACAAUCGAAGAAAUGAAACAAGAGUGGCGUGACACCAAACUUGUAAAGGUCCAGUUGAAGGCUUACCGUCUCUGGACAGAGGCUGCUAAGAGAAGAGAUCGCCGAGACAAGCUUGGGUACGUGAUCCGAGAGAAAGACCGUUUCGAGAGGAUGAAGACCAAGAUUCAGCGUGCACUGGCAGAUGACAUCUGGCGCACUCCAGCCGAACUCAAGAAGCAAUGCCAGAAUAUCGAGUUGGCAGUGUUCCAGUAUGAAGAGUUUAACUACUACAAUCAGGUGCUACUUGAUGACAAUCCACCUACACGUCCAAGCUCAGCAGCGCUCAAAAAGGCUCGCACUCGGAAACCGCAGGAGCUAUCAGAGGGCGAGGAACUUCUUGAAUCAGAUUCAGAUCCCAUAACUGAGGAUGAAGACUUUCUCGUGGAUGAUUCUUCCGAUGCUGGCUCUAUUCACCAUGAGCCAGACCUAGACUGGAAUCCAUUGAUCUCUGAGGUCACCAAUAAGACAAGCGUACAGCCUGUGGCACAACAUGUGGCACAACAUGUGGCGCAACCUGUGGCGAGACCAGUCUUUCCCCCUCCGGUUGAGAACACUCCACAGAGCUCAGAAACGGCAACACCUAGUCCAGUUGAGCGGGCUGCAUCAAUACCGGUCGACACUCGCACACACGGUGAGGAUGACGCAGAUAUUGACAGCGACACCGGCGAAGACGCAAUCGUAACGCCUAUGCGUCGCCCCUUGAGACUCGAGAUUAGCGCUACUCCGUCUGUUAAGAUCAAGAGCGCUCCCACAACGCCCUUUGCCUCUCGUGUACUCGAGCAGUCCUCAAACCCUCAGAGAAAGGGUUCUGAUUCCGAAAAUUCGGAUUCGGAUUUGGAUCGCCCGCCACGCCUUCCAAAGAGCAAAUAUCGUGCACAGGGUCGGACAGUAGCGGAACCUGUGGAUUUGACCUUUUCGAGUCCUGCUUCGGAAAAUGAAUUGACGACUCAUGAGGAGGCCAGUACAGACUUCGAAGUGCACACUCCAGAACUCAAUCCUACCCCGAUGCAAACUCCGCAGAGGCACAAGACCAAGACUUCGAGUUCCGUGUCGUCCAUGGCGGACUCUGCUAGUCUCUCCUCUGAGGAUGAUUCUGGACUACCUCAUAUUGAGAACGUGGAGGGUAUGAUUGCUACAGAUUGGUCUGACAUCGAGGCCCUCGUUGACCGACGCCGGGCUCUUGCCAAAGCCGUCUAUCAGCUUGAUGCAGAGACGAUUGAAUAUCUCAGCCUGUUUAUUGAGUCUCGGAAAACCUUCACUAGGCGCAGAGAUGUCAUCUUUGACGGGCUGCUGGCCCUCAGUGAAGUUUAUGAUGAUAGUGGUGACGGUUAUAACGAUAUCAGAGCCAUCGGAACAGCACAACAAAGCAGCGCUCAGCUUUUGGUUCUUUUGUACAUCACAUAUGUUUGUGGUCAAAAUAUGGUUGGAGACUCUGCACCAUCUGAAGCACAUAAAGACUGUGCGUUUGAUGAUAUGGAAACAACGGUUGAUCCUUUCUACAGCUUACUGCAACAUAUCAUUCGGAUCUACGUCCACAAAGAGAAGCAGGACCCGACCCUACUGCAGCAACAAAGUACAAAGAAGAAAAGAAAGAGAGAACGCCCCCUUUCUGAUGCGGAUAUGUGGGACCAUGAACCGCUAACUGAUGUUAUAUGGGGCGAUCCGUUGGAACCUUACGUGCCACCAUCAUCACACAAGAAGCGGAAACGUAAAGUCCUGGACAGUCAACAAGCUAUUGAUAUGCAGCAAAGUGAUCAAGUCCGAAUUCAGCAACAGGAGCAACGACGCCAACAGUUGGCCAUGAAGCUAACUCAGAUGGCAGAAGAAGGAGACAAUCGACAUCCGAUCAACACUAUAGAGCCGUACAUCUACCUCCAUCCCCAUAUCUCAAAGCGCAUCAAACCACAUCAACUCACCGGUAUUCAGUUUAUGUGGCGCGAAUUGAUUGAAGAUCCGAAGCACCAAGGCUGCAUCCUGGCACAUACUAUGGGACUUGGAAAGACGAUGCAGGUAAUCUCCCUACUGGUAGCAAUAUCACUGUGCAACCAAAGCAGUGACGCUACGGUCCGUGACCUCAUUCCAGCGCGGCUCCGGAAGAGCAGAACCCUUAUCCUUUGCCCUGCUUCACUGGUGGAGAAUUGGCUUGACGAAUUGCUCUUGUGGACUCCUUCGAACGAUGUUCUCGGUACAAUCUACAAGCUGGACACAUCAAACACAGGCACGCUUCACGAGUGGUCCAGACAUGGGGGAGUUUUACUCACGAGCUACGAGAGGUUCAGGAGAAUGGUCUCGAAGAGUAUUGGUGCCAAAGAUAAGGGAGGCCACAUUGAUGUGGAAAAGAUUUUUUUCGAAGAUCCGACCCUUGUAAUUGCAGACGAGGCACACAAGCUCAAGAAUUCCACAUCCACGAUAAACCAAUAUGCGAAGCGUUUCAAGACGACAAGCCGUAUCGCGUUGACUGGUUCGCCGCUCAACAAUCACCUUGAGGAGUACUACACUAUGGUUGACUGGAUUGCCCCCGGCUAUCUUGGGACGAUUGUGCAUUUUCGGUCCAAGUACUCCGAACCUAUCAUUGAAGGGCUGUACAGUGACAGCAGCGCAUUUGAGAGACGUCUGUGUCUUCGCAAACUACAUGUCCUCAAGCGGGAUUUGGAUCCGAAAAUCAAUCGAGCCGAUAUUUCUGCCAUCGAGAAAGACAUGCCGACCAAGACCGAAUUCUUCAUCACGGUCCCGCUUACGGAGCUGCAGAAACGAGCCUAUAACAUAUACGUCAAGUAUAUGCUAGAGACAUUCAGCCGAACAAAUGCGAAGUCGCGGAAUGCGAAGAUGUGGGACUGGAUCGCAAUGCUGUCAUGGCUUUGCCAUCACCCUUUUUGCUUUCUGAUAAAGCUCAAGGAACGCAUCGCCAAGAUAGAUGAGGAGCUCGAUUUCUCCCUCUCCACCGCUGCUGCUGCUGCUGCUGAAGAGAGCAAGGAUGCAGCCCCGAAUCAGCUAGCUGAUAUAACAUCACCUGAGAAUGUGAAGGAGGACGCGCAACUUGAUACUACGGGGCCUUUGAAUGAAGCUAUGCAGCAGGUCCUUGAACUCUUCAAGGAGGUGGACAUUCCCGGAGUCAUAGAUGACCCUACACUCUCUUAUCGUACAUUUGCGGUACAGCAAAUCCUGAAAGAAGCAAACGCAAACGGCGACAAGACACUGGUUUUCACUCACAGCAUUCCGACCUUGAACUAUCUGGAGAAGAUGUUGAAGAUGAUGAAGUUCCCGUACUUCAGACUAGACGGCAAGACCGAUGUCUCGACGCGCCAGGCUUCGACCAAAGAUUUCAAUCAAAAGAAUACUUCGCAGGUAUUUCUGAUAUCGAUGAGGGCAGGAGGUCUUGGAUUGAAUCUACAAGGUGCAAAUCGCGUCAUCAUAUUCGAUUUCAGCUUCAAUCCUUCGUGGGAAGAACAGGCCAUUGGGAGGGCGUAUCGGCUCAACCAGAAGGCGCCGGUCUUCGUCUACCGUUUUCAGUCAGGAGGUACCUUUGAAGACGUGCUCUUUAAUAAGGCUGUUUUCAAGACACAGCUUUUUGGGCGCGUGGUGGACAAGAAAAAGCCCAAGCGUCACGCCUCCAAGUCAACUGCAGACUAUCUGUUCCCAGUCAAGGAUGUUCCUCGGCAAGAUUUUGCAGAUUGUCUGGGAAAGGACCCGAAGGUGCUUGACAUUGUCAUACAGCGCCUGGACUGUGUUCGCAGCAUCGUGCUGACAGAGACAUUCCAGAAGGAAGAGGAUGAGCAGUUGAAUGAUGAGGAGCAGAAAGCCGCCGAAGAAGAAUUCCGGGACCAGCGUUUACAGCGAGAGGAUCCGGUAGCAUGGCAAGCAAAGCAAGCAGCUCUUUAUGCUUCUGCCACCCGAUUCCCCUAUCCAAGCACGCACCCGGGUCCAGUGCCUGGGGCCUACCCUCCUCCUAUGCCAUCCUCGACGGCUCCAUCAUUUCCCUCCCGGGGUGGUGCUGUUAGUCAAGCGAGGCCUGCACAGCCCGCUGCCAUAAUGCCUCCAUUUGCAAGACAGGACUUCGAUGCUCCACCGGACGGUCACCCUAAUCAAUUCCCGUCGAGUACUAUGCCCGGAGCCCUUCUCUCGUAUGACGACACUUUCCAGGACUUCGUCGACCAAAUUGACCACCGUCGUGCGGGAAGUCUAGACCCUGACAUCCUGAUGUCAUGA